AUGAGUGUUCCUUUGGAUGAGGAAAUCAACGUGAUGGAUGAAGAAACCAACGUGAAAGAACUACAUCAUACACAGGAGGGGACUGAACCAUGGGAAGACAGUUUGAAUGUGGUAGGAGAGAGCAACUUGGGAAGUGUCAUCAUCUCAUCCUAUGAAAUGACAGCCCCGUCUGACAUGGAAACACAACCGUACCCCAACAGCAUACAGAAGCAGAGCAUAAGGAAUCACCCAUAUCUUCUGAAAGUUCCUUCAGAGGAAUAUGACGAGGGUGACAACAUACCUUGCCAAUUUGUCAGGUAUGCUCCUGGAAGGAUUUCUACUUCUCCAACUCUGAGGAGACUAAGGAAAAGUACAAUAUCAAUCUCUCAAAUAUUUGCACUUCAGGAAGGCACUGAAAGCCCAAGGUUGGGCAACCAAUCUGAACCUUAUCUUCCUAUUUGCCAAAAUCUUCCUCCAUGUUCUGACCAUUUCUUUUUCUCGGAACCCUUCAUACACACACAUUCCCUGUCACAGAGAGAAAACUCUACUUCCAUUGGCACCAUACCAAUCCUACCACGUCAUGAAGCAAAUGAUCACAGUGGUGAUCAGUCUUCGCAGAAUGCUAUGUCAAUCAACCCUUCUUUCCCGUCUGAGGAAGUACAGAAUUCUCAGGAAUGUGUUCAGAAAUUAGAUUCGCAUAAUGCAAGUCUAUACAACGCAGAACGCAGACACAGCUCUGUGGUCGUGAGUUUGCCUGGACUUGAGGUGUUCCCAGGAGACCUGCUGAUAUCAGACAGUGCAGUACAAUUUCUUUAUCAUUCAACAUCACUGCAAAGUGAAGAAUCCAAAAAGCCUUGGUGGCCAUUCACUAAAAAAGGAACCAGUAGAGACAGACAUAAACAAGUAUCAGACCUGGAAAACUGUUUAUCUACUGUAACCAUCAGGACCUCGGAGUACAGCAGCUAUGAAUUUCACAGUGUUAAGGAUAAAGUUUGGCAUGAAAUCAUGAUGCUGUAUCAAGUUGAGCCAAAAGCCAAUGAAGAUCAAUUAGACACAAAGAAGAAGGAAGCAAUGUGGGAGCUCUUCACAACUGAAUGCACAUACUUUCUUGAUCAUCUGCUGGUUCUUAGAAUGGUUUUUAUGAAUACAUUAAAGUGCCUACAAAGCAAGGAAUUCCUUCCAGAUGUGAAUUUGAGGCUACUUUUUGCGAACUUGGAGGAAUUAAACCAGGUAAGCCUUGGUUUUGUGACCAGUUUCUUUCAUGUUAUAAAGGAUCACCUUGUCAAGCCUACAUCCUCCUUAGAGUUCAUCUCUGUGCUUACAAAGUAUUUCCAAGGGAACCUGUGUCAGAGUCUCCAGAUAUACUGUCUUAAUUACACUUCUGCAGUCUUUUACUUGGAAAAGCUGAAGAAAAGAAAAGAUUUCGGGAUCUAUUUGAAAUGGUGUGAACAGAACAAACAGUGCAAACGACUGCAUCUGUCUGAACUGCUGGUUGCGCCUUUGCACAGAUUGACUCGCUAUCCCCUCCUCCUGGAGAACAUCUGGAAAAAGGCAGAUCCAGAGGAGAGAGCAAUCAUCUGUUCAAUUAAGGAGAAGGUGGAAAAAUCUAUAAGGGAUUUGGAAGGCAAAGUGAAAUGGCUGGACAAUUUUCAGAAAUUUAAACAGCUUCAGGAAAUUAUAAUUUGGCCUCCACUUUGGGAUCAAGACAAAAGAUUUUUUGUUCCUGAGAGUCUCAAGUUCCUACUAAGGGACAACCCAACUGAUAGCAUCUUGUCACCUACAAAGAGAUAUCUUCUUCAUGAAGGGAGAUUAACUCUUGCAGAACAUACCAGACUCAGUGACAUCUACCUGUUUCUAUUUGACGAUUUGCUUUUGAUUACAAAACAGAACCGACACAAAAAGAAAUCUGGGUGUUCCAACGUGAGCUUAAUACCUGUCUGCCCUUCCUUCACGCCCGAGUUGCAAUCUUUGCUUGAAGAAGGUGGUUCUUGCACGGUGUUGAACCAGCCUAUUCCAUUAGACAGGCUGAUUGUAAAAAACCUUGAUUCAGUCAACACAUCAGUUUUAGGCUUACGAAAUGCUUUUCUAAUACAGCAAGAAAACCGGUAUCAACAGUGCACAGCAGCCUUCUUAAUACAAGCACAGACGGAGGCAGUCAAGAAAACAUGGAUGUCACAGAUGGAGACUGCAAUCUCAAAUUAUGCAAAGAGACACACAACCCCACAAAACUCAUUUUUAAGUUUACCAGCUGAAUCAUCUGAAAUUUAAUUGUGGUCAGUUAUAAAUUGAUGGGCACUGGUAAUAGACAGUUUCCUUGUUUAAAGCAAACCUUUAGAUGUUUGAAAAUAU